CACCCUGACCAUACUAAACAAAUACAAAAACAACGGAAAACAGGUCAGGAACGUGACAACUUGCUUUCUCAUUAUGCAGGGAAAAUGGGAUAACACAGCUCAAACGGAGUAGGGCUGCUUGAAUUGGGUUUGAAUAGCAUUUUAGAAAUAUAUAUUAUUUACUGUACAUUAUUUACUGUACAUGACAUUUAUUAAACUUUACAAUGGCACAUUUAAGGACACCAACAGAUACUUACAUAAAUGCGAAGAAAAGAAAUGAUGGAAGCUUAAAGUCAUCAGGUACAGCUUUCAUUGGACAGCUUGUGAAGACUUGGAAUGAACACCAGGAUAAACAUCACAUAAUAAACAUGUACAUGAAUGAGGUACAUAUCCCCUAAUUAAAAUGCAUUAAUCAUCACCUAAAAUACUUUCCCACACAUUGUGUAUAUUUUUAGGUUACUAAACAUUUCAUCAUGUURCAAAUGAAUUAUUUCUAGAACAAAAAGUUAUUAUUAAUUGUUCAAUGUAAUUAAUUAUUCAUGUUUGUUAAAAGUUGCUUCACAGCAUCUUUUUCUUAGGUCACAUUCAUAAGGCCCGUCUUCCUCCAACUGCCUUCUUUGAGUCUCCAGAGGGUAGGCUUGUGAUGGACGAUUUAAAAAGAAGAUUUCCACAGGCAUUCCACUAUUACGAGUAUCUACCCCACCAGACUCCAUUUUCCAUUCUUCUGGAUUUGGCUGUCAGGAUUUGUGGUGAUCAGGAAGAAAAUCAAAUAAAAAGCUUUCUUCUACAUUUCCUGAAUGCAUUGAAAUUGCCCCCCAAAAUAAAAGGCGAGAGAAACUACACAAACUACUACACUCUGGAGGCUACUGUCAUUGCUGUGUGCUACAACGAAACCCCUGGAGCCCUCAGACCAGAGAAGUACUAUGGAGCAUCCCUGUCCUGYAGAGGGGAGASAGAAARGARCAUURUGAUCAAUBRGUCAUGUCUAAAWGUGUGGCAUGACUAUGUGUCUUAUGCAGUGUUGUCAUUCAGACAUGAUGAACAGGGAAACGGUAUCAGAUUCCCUGUCUCUGUAAAAUGCAGAGCAUUCUACAGGAAUCACCAGACCAAUCGUUAUGAAGACCGAAGGCCGUGCAAAAACUGUGGGGAUCUUUUCUCUCUCUCAAACCCUGAGACRGACAGAAAUGACUUUCCCUACGGAAACUGUGCCGAAACGGAGUGCCUGAGUAAACUUAUUUUCAAUGAUCAGGAUGUCUGCAGCAAUAUGAGUUUUGGACACUACACAGAGGAAAACCUGAAAGGUCUUAGAGAAAAGGCAAAAUAGCUUUGAAACAGUCUUAAGGUAUAGGUCUACUUAGCACCUCUGAACAGUGUGCAUUUGAUUUGCAAAACAACUGCAAACUGUGACUGUGUAAACUUCUAUUAUGUGAUCAGCAGCAGGAUGUCUGCAGCAAUCUGAGUUUUGGACACUACACAAGAGAAAAUGUCUUAGAAAUAUGGUAGAAAACGCUUUUGAACAUUUAGGUUUUGUUUCACACAGGUUUUAUACAUGGUGUUUUUACUGUGUUUGACUUGGAAGUUUCCUCUGAAACUACAAUAACAAUGGUGUUCUUUAAUCACUCAACUGGGAUUAAGGCAACUGUGCCAUAGUCAUAAUGCGUAAGUAAAUGCUUUCUGUCAUUGAGAGUUGUGAAUUACAGCUCGGACAAACAAUACACUUAUUACCACUAAUAACAGACAUAGAAAGCAGCAACCUUGGGAAUACAUUUUGAAGUUGUUUUACUUUUUGGUUUGGUAUUUGUGUUUGGUUGUUUACUUUUUAUUUAUUUAUAUUGGGGGAUGUUUAAUUGUAUAAAGCUAUCAACUUUGUCCCUUAUCAAAUAGUCUGCCAUGUGCUUUGUGUCACAGUGGAAAAUGAAUGAAAUGAAAAUGAACACAUUUCUGAUGUGACAGGAAACUGCAGAAAGGGUGUGACACUGAACUUGUUUGAAUGUAGACCAUUCAGUGAAACCACAGCUAAUACAGAGGACUAAAACAACAGACAGCAUGAUGAUUACAUACAAUKAUGUUACUUUAUGACACAAACUUAUCUUGUAAAUAUUUUGAAUCCAUCAAUAAAUGAGAAUUGUUAAAAGUA